AGUGUAAACUGUCUGGAUGCAGCGUCUGUGAAAUAGAUCAACAGGCGGCUCUGGAAACAGUUACAAAAACAGACUUCGUGUCAUCAGUAGCCGAGUGAACCGAAGAAGGCUGCUGUGGGCUCCAUCACGGCGGCCAGGUCAUCGCUAAUGGAAUGCUAUUUUUGUCAUUUAUUUCCAAAAUAUUCCUGGAGAAGCACUGCAGCACCCAUCUCUGCCGUGUAGACGUAGUAACUUUAAGCUGUUUGUUGUUGCAGCACCGCAGAUAGGGCUAACACACAAUGGGAAGCAAAGGCCACUACAGAUACCACUGGCAAAGUCACAAUGUAAAGCAGAGUGGAGUGGAUGAUAUGGUCCUCUUAAGCAAAAUCACUGAAGAUGCUAUUGUGGAGAAUCUAAAAAAGCGAUAUAUGGAUGAUUACAUUUUUACAUAUAUAGGUCCUGUACUAAUAUCCGUAAAUCCCUUCAAGCAAAUGCCUUAUUUUGGAGACAAGGAAAUAGAAAUGUACCAGGGCUCUGCUCAGUAUGAAAAUCCACCACAUAUUUAUGCUCUGGCAGAUAACAUGUACAGAAAUAUGAUUAUUGACCGAGAAAAUCAAAGUGUCAUCAUCAGUGGAGAAAGUGGUGCUGGAAAAACUGUGGCAGCUAAGUACAUUAUGAGUUACGUCUCCAGAGUAUCAGGAGGAGGACCCAAAGUUCAGCAUGUAAAAGAUAUAAUUCUACAGUCUAACCCUCUACUAGAAGCAUUUGGAAAUGCCAAAACUGUGAGAAACAACAAUUCAAGCCGAUUUGGCAAAUACUUUGAAAUUCAAUUUAGCCCAGGAGGGGAACCAGAUGGAGGAAAGAUUUCCAAUUUCCUGUUAGAGAAAUCAAGAGUAGUGAUGAGAAAUCCCGACGAGCGUAGUUUUCACAUCUUCUAUCAGCUAAUUGAAGGUGCCUCUUCAGAUCAGAGAAACAGCCUAGGAAUUACUAAUCUUGAAUAUUACAAUUAUCUCAGCCAGUCGGGUUCCUACAAAGUGGAUGACAUUGACGAUAGACGUGACUUUAAAGAAACAGUGCAUGCAAUGAAUGUGAUCGGGAUCUUUGCAUCAGAGCAAGAGAUGGUAUUUCAGAUAGCAGCUGGAAUCCUACACUUGGGAAAUAUUAGCUUUGUUGAAGCUGGUAACUAUGCUGCAGUUGAAAGUGAAGAAUUCCUUGCAUUUCCUGCAUUUCUGCUUGGUAUUAAUCAAAGCAGACUAAAGGAGAAACUUACCAGUAGACAAAUGGACAGCAAAUGGGGUGGAAAAUCUGAAUCCAUUAAUGUCACUCUAAAUGUGCAGCAAGCCCUUUUCACACGAGAUGCUCUUGCCAAGGCCCUCCAUGCAAGACUCUUUGAUUACUUGGUAGAUUCUAUCAACAAAGCAAUUCAGAAGGACCAUGAAGAUUACAACAUUGGUGUCUUAGACAUUUAUGGCUUUGAAAUAUUUCAAAAAAAUGGCUUUGAGCAGUUCUGUAUCAAUUUUGUGAAUGAAAAGCUGCAGCAGAUAUUCAUUGAGCUGACUCUGAAAGCAGAACAGGAAGAAUAUGUCCAGGAAGGAAUUAGGUGGACGCCAAUUGAAUUUUUCAACAACAAAAUAGUGUGUGAUCUCAUAGAAAAUAAAGUGAAUCCCCCAGGUAUUAUGAGCAUUCUGGAUGAUGUAUGCGCCACAAUGCAUGCAACUGGAGAGGGCGCAGAUCAAACAGUGCUUCAGAAACUUCAAAUGCAGAUAGGAACACACGAUCACUUCAACAGCUGGAACCAAGGCUUUAUAAUCCAUCAUUAUGCAGGAAAGGUAUCCUACAAUGUGGAAGGAUUUUGUGAAAGGAAUAGAGAUGUCCUGUUUACUGACCUCAUUGAAUUAAUGCAGAGCAGUGAUAUACCUUUCAUAAAGGCACUUUUUUCUGAAAACCUUCAAGCAGAGAAGAAGGGUCGUCCAACAACUGCUGGCAGCAAAAUCAAGAAACAAGCAAAUGAUCUUGUGAAUACUCUGAUGAAAUGCACACCCCAUUACAUCCGAUGCAUCAAGCCUAAUGAAACCAAGAAGCCUCGGGACUGGGAGGAAAGCAGGGUGAAGCAUCAGGUGGAGUAUUUAGGACUGAAGGAGAACAUCAGAGUACGAAGGGCAGGCUAUGCCUACAGGAGGGUAUUCAAGAAAUUUUUACAGAGGUAUGCCAUCUUGACAAAAGAAACAUGGCCUUCAUGGAGGGGUGAUGAGAAGCAAGGAGUUAACCACCUCCUAAGAACAGUCCAUAUAGAGCAUGAUCAGUAUCAGCUGGGGAAAACUAAAGUUUUUAUCAAAGCACCAGAAUCUUUGUUCCUGCUGGAAGAGAUGAGGGAGAGGAAAUAUGAUGGCUAUGCACGAGCAAUUCAAAAGGUUUGGAGGAAGUAUGUCGCCAAAAAGAAAUACGUGCAAAUGAGAGAAGAGGCUUCUGAUUUGUUUCUUAACAAAAAGGAAAGGAGAAGAAACAGCAUUAACAGAAACUUUGUUGGUGACUACAUUGGUAUGGAUGAUAGGCCUGAACUACGCCAGUUUGUGGGGAAAAGAGAGAAGAUUGACUUUGCAGACACAGUGACCAAAUAUGACAGAAGAUUUAAGGGUAUAAAGCGAGACCUUAUCCUUACUCCAAAAUGCAUGUAUCUGAUUGGUCGUGAAAAGGUAAAGCAAGGACCAGAGAAAGGGCUGGUGAAGGAAAUUUUAAAAAGAAGGAUUGAAAUUGAGAAGGUCUUAUCUGUUUCAUUAAGUACAUUCCAAGAUGACUUCUUUAUUAUACAUGAGCAAGAGUAUGACAGUUUACUUGAAUCAAUUUUCAAAACAGAGUUUAUCAGUCUUUUAUCAAAGCACUUUGAAGAAAAAGCCCAAAGAAAACUACCUCUUAAAUUUAGCAAUACACUUGAAAUAAAACUGAAGAAGGAGAACUGGGGACCCUGGACUGCUGGUGGCUCACGUCAAAUUCAGUUUAUCCAAGGACAUGGAGAUGUGGCCAUUCUUAGACCAAGUAAUAAGAUGUUACAGGUUAUGAUUGGGCCUGGACUACCAAAGAAUGCACGUCCUACAAAAAGAAAUGCUAUGCAAACUAGAGAUGGUCAUAUGACAUCCAGAGCUUCACAUUACCCCGCUAGAGCUGCUCCACCUCCUCCAGGUGCCCACCAAAAUGGUGUAAUUCCCUCUCGAGCUGCACCAGGUGUCCCACCAGCCAAUAAAAGAAUAUCGUCUGGAAGUAUAGAUCGCCCAACAUUACCACGGCAGGCCACUGGUGUCAAGGGCAGGGCUCCUGCACUGCUGCUGCAAAACUUAGAUUUCCUAAAAGUGCCCGAGCAAGGUGCUGCAGGUAACCGUGCUGGACCACAAGUUUCAAGCAGAGAACCUGCUCAGAGACAGAUUUCAAAUCGCCCCCCACCAGCAGGAGGCCGGCCUAAACCACAGCCCAAACCAAAGCCUCAGGUACCACAGUGCAGGGCCCUAUAUGCGUAUGAUGCACAGGAUACAGAUGAGCUCAGCUUUAAUGCCAAUGAUGUUAUAGACAUUAUCAAAGAAGAUACUUCAGGUUGGUGGACAGGAAGACUCAGAGGAAAACAAGGACUUUUUCCUAACAACUAUGUAGCAAAGAUAUAGAGACUUCAUAAUGAAAAUGCUGAACUUAUGUUAAAGGUUGUCAUCUGAUGCUGCCGUGGAAAAUCUAUGCAACACUCUGCAGGUGUACUGCAGUAUGUACCUGAAGAAAUGUUAUGAAAUUUGUUCUAUUCAGAGAGGAUCUCAAUAUCCUUUGAUUGUACUGUAUAAAAUAAAAGAUUAUAAUUUCCUGAGAUAUUAAAUGGGGAGUGAGCCGAGCAACUGUUCACAUGAGCUAUGCAAAGUACAUAACAGCACUGAACAAAUAUUUAUUGUAUUUAUACUUAUUUUGUUUAAAAUUAAAUGAAGGCAUCCUUUUUUAUGGACACAUGAAGUGCCUGGACCAGGAGUUAUUGAAGGACCAUAAUUUUAAGUGCUGUUUCUUAAUAUAGAACUUUAUUGUCUGAAGAAGAUAAAAAUAUGAUCAGAAACAGUUUUGGGUGGUUUUAUAUGCUGCUGUUCAGCAUACAUGGAGAUAUUUUGAGUUAAUUGUCACCUAAAGCACAUAGCUGUUCAUACUUGAGAUUUAUUAAUGGAGAUGGUUUUAUUAACUACUGUACUGGUCAGAGAUUUAGAAGAUUCAGAUGUCAAGUACUGUAGUGCAGAAAGUAAACCAAAACCUGUCUCUAUGAAUAAUGUAUGGCUGGUCCAUAUCAAAAUGUAUAGUGAAGUAUUGACUGUUACUUUAAAAUGAAUUUAAUAUUUCUUGUAUUGUAAAUUAUAAAUAUGGACCAUUUUAAAAGUAUAUAUAUAAUGUUAGGAAUAUAUGAAGCAGUUUGUUUUAAGCAUCUGACAGUUGUAGGGUAGUUAGUGUAAAACAAAUAUAAGCAAGACUUCAGGUACUUUAUAUAAACAAACAUUAUUUCCCUGGUAAUAAAAAUCAGUUAUAGUUUAUUUUACUGUUCAACUGGACAUUAACAAGAGCAUUACUGUUGUUAUGUGGACAGCUGAAUAAAUACCUACAUUUUUAACA